CAAAGCAGGAUAUCAUUCCGGUUUUAGCCUGAGCAAUACCCUGCUCUUGAAAUUCGGACUAUUCUGCGGCUUGAGCUCUAGCCUCUAACGAAAUAGGAUGUGAACGUACAUGUGUAGCCUCGCGCGUUUAAGUUUUAGUGCAGUUUUUUAUUUCAAAAUAUAUAUUUGCCGCGUCUUCGGAGCUGACAUUGCCAGAGUCGCUUUUAGCGUGUAACAUUAGGCUUUUAAAAACUGUUUCUCUAAAUCAUUGUUAUAGUUACCAAAUACAUGUCUGCGCAAAUAUAUUCAGCUAUCUGUGGACAGGGUUAUUUGUUGGCCGAGAACAAUCGACAUUAAUGAUUAAUGAUUCGUUUUGUUUUUAACAUCAUGAAGAAUCAGAUAUUGGAAUGGUGUAUGUUUCUGCUUAUCUACCACACACUGUUGACACUGAGUUAUGCUCGGAGUGAGUCUCUCUAUCAAAAUGGCUUUGACGAGGUGACAUUUCUUAACCCACCCACGGAGCCAGUAUCCGCCCACCACCUGCAUGUCCGGUACUCUUGCUCGGAAUCUGCCGUGGUGUACCUGGACGCGCUUGUGUCAUCGGACGCCGAAGCCGCCAAGUCGGUUUUCGAGAGACAGUGGAGCUGCGAGCCUGGCCCUGCCCGAGUGCGGAGUCUGAUCUUACGCCUCCCGGACUGGCUGGUUUAUCGGGCAGACUGGAAGAUCCCGGAUUCUGAGUGGGUGCUUGGCGGCAUGCUCCGGGCAUGGAUCGUUGGCAGCGGUUCACCAAAUGAGUACGGGGUCGCCACGACCCGUUCCCUGGUCCUGCUGCAGCCCCUGAACCCCUACUCUCGCCCCCUGAAGCAGCAUCAGCUGUGCCCGUCCUGGGACACGGAGAUGCUCUGGAGGAUCCGUAAAGACUCAAUUCCUCGCUGCCCCGCCGAACAAGAGGUCGCCCACUUCCUGUCUGUUCUCUAUGCUUCCACUGGGGAGAACUUUGGCAUCACCAGGACUCUGAGUCGCUAUGGCAACGAGGUCCUAGAGCAUUUGAGGGUGAAAGCCGUCUUCUCUCCCUGGUGUGUCUUCUCAGCCUGGCUGUUCCUUACCCAGCCCUGUAGGCAUCGGCUGUGUGGAGUGCUGCACCACAUCAACUCCCAAAAUGUCUAUGCUUCCCCUUCAGUGUUCCUCACGAGCUCAGGUCAGCUCCACGUGCAGGUGUAUGAGGUGAGUGGGGUGUCCACAGCCUUCCUCAGCCACUUCCAACUUCCUGUUCAGCAGUGGUGUCGCAUCACUCUGGAGCUGCUGGGCCGAGCGGCCAACGUCAGCGCGGUCUGUGUUGGGGGCCAGGGGAAUUCUGGCUGGUCUGCUUAUCACACGUUCAGCGAGCCAGUUCUGCUGGACGAUACGGACGGCUAUUUUGUGCUGGGAGGUGGCCAGUUUGUGAGAGGGGUCGAGGGCUUUCAUGGGCCAACUGUGUACUAUCGUAACAGAGUGCCUUUAUUGACUGAGAAGGACGAGGUCAGCAUUCUGCAGGCAGACCUGGCUGUCAAUAUGACAGGAUGGUUCCAUUCCUGUCAGGAGUUUAAACUGGAACUGGAUUCAAAACUGACUGGACAUUUGCUGAGAAUUCAAGAGCAAGAACAAGCUAGGAGCUGUGUGGAUGUGUUCAGUGAUUGGGUAUCCCGGGCAACGCUUUCUGCCACGCCGCCUCAGUGCGAGCUCUGGGAAGGGCCGGCCAUCCCUCGGAGACGCCAUGCGGCGCGGCUAGCGCGGAUGUCCCUCACCAGACACGGAGGCAGGAGAGGUCAGCUGACCUGGGUGGGCGGAGCUCUGUACUCCGCAGCGCUGCGCAGGCUGACGCGGGGAGGCGGGCUGGAGACGGUGAGCAGAGUCAUGCCCCUCCUACUGCAGUCUGCCUGCCUGGGGGACGGCCGGGCCCUGUACCUGUCCUCUGUGCUCUACGGCACGGGCCUGGGAGUCAGGAGGAGAACAAACAAGGCCCGGCUGCUGUCUCUGCUGGCGGCCCAGCAGGACUGGAGACUGGCGCUGCUGCGUCUCGGUCACCUGCAUCACCUUGGCGACCGCGGCGUGCCUGCGGACCCCGCUCUCGCUUACGCCUACUACGCCAACAUCGCCUCCCAGACAGCCAGGGACACCCAGACCCCCUCUCCAGAGCAGACCUUUGUGGAGCUGAUUUACCUGAACAACGAGGAGAUGCUGAAGCGGCAGACCAGCAAGGACGGAGACCUCUUCCUCUGGCUCAAACUGCAGGCACGGAAUGGCGCCGCGGAGGCUGAGCAAGCGGUGGCCCGGAUGCUGUUUUGGGGGCAGCAGGGGGUGUCCCCGGACAUUCAAACCGCCGUGAAGCACUACGAGAGGGGGGCCACCAGGCUCGAGGACCCCACGUCCAUGUACAACUACGCCAUUGUCCUGCUACAGGGACAAGGAGUAGAGAAGGACAUCCCCAAGGCAGUGAAGUACCUGAAGAAAGCAGUAGACCAGAGCUUUGUGCCGGCGAUCACCGCCCUGGGCUGGUACUUCGAGCAGUACGAGCGCGACUACGCGCGGGCGGUGGCGCUGUGGGACCGGGCCGACGCCCUGGGCUGCGGCGAAGCGGCCGUCAACCUCGGGACCCUGCACUCCCAGGGCCUGUAUCCCGGGCAACCCGCCAGCCAGUACAUGGCAUAUACCUAUUACCUGAAAUCAGCAAACAGAGGGCAUAUUGUUGGAGCGAUCCGAUUGGCUGAGGUUUGGAGCAGUGGGAUUCCUGGUCUCGUCAAGAGGCUACCAUUGGAUGCAGUGCUGUGGGCGAAGUGGGCAGCUGAGCAGAAUGGGUACCUGGGAACGGUCUUAAGGAAAGCCGUGGAUGCCUAUUUCCGACGGGACUGGUUAAUGGCUCUGGUCUAUUACCUGAUGGCAGCCGAGGCCGGGUUUGCAGCAGCCCAGUUCAAUGUGGCGUACCUGUGUGAACACAACCCGGGAGGCCUGCUGGAUCCGGUCUUUGUCACAGAAUGCAUGUGGAGAUAUUACAACCUUUCCACUCAAAGCCAGGACACGCCCCCUUAUGCCCUCAUAAGAAUGGGAGAUCUGAUCUAUGGAAGCGCUGGCCGCAGCAGGAGGGACGUGAGCUCAGUGGCAGAGCUGUACAAACAGGCUGUGCUGAAGAACGACCCGCAGGGCUGGUAUAGCCUCGGUUUGUUGGUCCAGGAAGGACAUGUGCUACCAGGGUCUGUGCUGACCAAACUAGAUCUGAGGGAACUCCAUGGAGCAGACAACCUCACAAUCCUGACAACACUCUACAGCAGGUGCAGAGAUCACGAGAGCAGUGAGGCGUACUUCCCCUGCUGCCUGGCUCUGUUCUACACGCAGCUGCAGUCCGUCUGGAAGUACCACGCCAAUGCCCUAAAGGUCUCUAGCGCAGUCGUCAUAGCAGCGGUCACUCUCCUGAUGGUCGGCUGGGGCAGGCUCCGGGGCACCUUGUCCCAAUUCUAAGGGUUUGUGAGCCCCUCCGGGAACGACCAAUCAGAAAAAAUGGGGAGGGAUUCCUCCAAUGGGACUCUCUGAGGCCUCUACAGAGUCAGAGAGGGGGGUGGCGCCAAUGGUGUAACCUUCUCUCUCAUUGGUCUCUGGCUCUGUCCCGAAUCAUGCUCGUUUUCAGUGAGCUGUUUUGACUCGGUAGAUUUUUCGCUAAUUACCCAACAGCAGUCAGCUGAUUACUGGGCAGUAGCCUACUAAUCACGGGUUGUUUAACAUGCACAUCCGCCAUUAGCCAAAUCACUUAUUCCAAUACAUUGAUCUAAUGUCACUGGUUUGUGUGUGUGCCUUUGAACGAUGAUUAGUGCCGUAAGCACUGUUGUGGUGCAGGACUGUAGUGUAAUGUUAAAUGUAUGGCUGCUUUAUUUCUUUAUAAAUUUUUAAUGAAGAAAUAAAAAAACACCAUUGCCUGGGGCUGUAAGACCUUC